CACAUUGAUCUGCCUUUUUUACAGACAGACCUUGGUGCCGACAACAGCUAACAUUUUCAGUGCCUCCCCCCAACCCAAGUUACUCACAAAAUGGAUUCCCAAAGGGAACUCACUGAAGAACUUAGACUUUAUCAAUCCACCCUUCUUCAGGAUGGCCUCAAGGAACUCUUUGAAGAGAAAAAGUUUGUAGAUUGCUCCCUAAAAGCUGGUAACAAAAGCCUACCAUGCCACAGAUUGAUUCUGUCAGCUUGUAGUCCUUAUUUCCGUGAGUAUUUCUUAUCUGAGCAAAGUGAAGAUAAGAAGAAGGAGGUCGUUCUAGAUGAUGUUGAUCCCAACAUCUUGGACAUGAUCAUCAAGUAUCUUUAUUCUGCAAGUAUUGACCUCAAUGAUUCUAAUGUGCAAGAUAUUUUUGCUUUGGCCAGCCGUUUUCAAAUCCCUUCUGUAUUCACUGUGUGUGUCUCUUAUCUUCAGAAGAGACUGGCUGUUGGUAACUGUCUUGCCAUCCUUCGAUUAGGUCUCCUCCUUGACUGCCCAAGACUUGCUUUCUCUGCUCGUGAUUAUGUGUCAGACCACUUUGUGCAGAUUUGCAAAGAAGAAGACUUCAUGCAGCUUGCCCCCCAUGAACUUAUAUCAGUUAUUUCACCUGACAGCUUAAAUGUCGAAAAAGAGGAAGUAGUGUUUGAAGCAGUAAUGGAGUGGGUCCAAACAGACAAGGAGAACAGAGUAAAGAACCUGGGAGAAGUUUUUGACUGCAUUCGUUUCCGUCUUAUGUCAGAAAAAUACUUUAAAGAGCAUGUUGAGAAGGAUGAUAUUAUGAAAAGCAACUCAGAUCUUCACAAAAAACUCAAGGUUAUUAAGGAUGCCUUUGCUGGAAAAUUGCCUGAACCUGCCAAAAGCUCAGAAAAAUCAGGGAAAGGGGAAGUAAAUGGUGAUGUAGGGGAUGAAGACUUACUCCCUGGAUACCUAAAUGACAUUCCUAGGCAUGGCAUGUUUGUGAAAGACCUAAUUCUUCUAGUCAAUGAUACAGCUGCGGUGGCUUAUGAUCCCCUGGAGAAUGAGUGUUACCUGGCAGCCCUGGCAGAACAGAUUCCCAGAAAUCAUUCCAGCAUAGUCACCAAACAGAAUCAGGUCUGUGUUGUUGGAGGCCUUUAUGUGGAUGACGAGAACAAGGAUCAGCCUUUCCAGUCAUACUUCUUCCAGCUGGAUAGCGUUGCUGGUGAAUGGGUCGGACUUCCUCCACUGCCUUCAGCCAGGUGUCUCUUUGGACUGGGAGAGGCAGAUGGCAAAAUCUAUGUAAUUGCAGGCAAGGACCUUCAAACAGAGGAAUCUCUAGAUUCAGUAUUGUGCUAUGACCCUGUGGCAAUAAAAUGGAAUGAAGUCAAAAAACUUCCAAUCAAAGUAUAUGGCCAUGCUACAGUCUCAAACCAUGGGAUGAUAUAUUGUCUUGGAGGAAAGACUGAGGACAAAAAGUGUACUAACAGAACAUUUAUAUACAACUCCAAGAAGGGAGAUUGGAGAGAUCUGGCCCCCAUGAAAAUGGCUCGCUCAAUGUUUGGUGUGGCUAUCCAUAAAGGGAAAAUUGUGAUUGCAGGAGGUGUUACUGAAGAAGGCCUUACAGCCUCUGUUGAAGCUUUUGACCUUGCCACUAAUAAGUGGGAACUUAUGCCUGAGUUUCCCCAGGAGAGAAGCUCUAUCAGUUUAGUCACCUUGAGUGGAUCCCUUUAUGCUAUUGGUGGUUUUGCUAUGGUUCAACUUGAAUCUAAUGAAUUUGCACCCAGUGAAGUCACUGACAUAUGGAAAUAUGAUGAUGAGAAGAAAGAAUGGAGCGGCAUAUUGAAAGAGAUUCGUUAUGCCUCUGGAGCCUCCUGUCUUUCAACACGGUUAAAUCUAUUUAAGCUAUCAAAGCUAUAAACAAAAAGGCUGAAAAACGAACUGUGAGACCUGUGGAAAGCAGCAAGAGGUGUGAGCACCAGCAAGAGUCUACUGUUCAACAGUUCCCACAGGCUGUGUGUGAAAAGCAAGGCUAUUUAGAGCUAGACAGAGCUAAUUUUGUAUGCAUUAUUGAAACCACUAGGAGCCAGAAAUGAAAAUGUAUCAAAGGCCUUGAUUAUUGUAUAUUCUAUUUCUAUAAUAAUUAUAUAAUACAGGUUUCAUAAUAAAGUCUUUGGCCAAAAUGUAA